GAGGAAACUAUGGAAAUUGUAUGGAUUCAUUAAUUCGGGGCAACGGUCAGCUGUACACACAAGCGUCCUGUUUGAACUUAUGCGUCCAGCAAAAUGUUAUAAAUAUUUGCAAAUGUCUACCCACCUCAAUUGAAGACUCUUUGUUGACCAGGCCUGAAUACACCAACCUUGAUUUCUGUGAGAACGGAGACUUUGAAAAGAUGGUAUGUCAGUUCAAGAUAGAAAAACAACAGCUCGAUGGAAGCUUGAACUGUGACUGUCCGACCCCGUGUAAUGAAAUUGUGUAUACGAAAACGCUGUCAUCCAGGACUUGGCCUCAUGACGAAUAUUUGCGCCAGUUCCUUAUGGUGAAGGUGUGCGCUAAGAAUCUGACGUCGGCAAGCGAUGCCUGCAAAAAGUACAAAGAAAAUCCCAAAACGUUCGACGGGUCAAGUGUCGUGGACAACUUUUUAGCCGUCAACAUCUAUUUCGAGGAUGUCAACUACGAGGUGAUCACAGAGUCCGCAAAAUACGACGAGUUCCAAGUGCUGGCCAGUGUUGGGGGAACACUCGGACUGUUUGUGGGAGCGUCCGUUCUGAGUUUUGUUGAAAUAAUUCAGGUCAUACUGGAAGUUUUUAUCUACCUGUGUAAAAGGAGGGUCAGGAAGAACGAGGUACAGCAGAUACAUCUAGGGGGAAGUGUGAUAAACGAGAAGGCUUGAACAACGAUACACGAGGGACUGUAAUGACUCAGACUGCAUUUCGCUCUCUUUAGCACUGUAGAAUCAUCAAUAUUCUAAACAUCAUUUAAUUUACCAGUCAAGGGAUAUUACAGUCGAUAGGGGACUGUCAAGUGUUUUGGGACCAAUGCCAUUGUAUCAUAACUGUGCGCAUUUAAUCUUCUUUUUUAAUUUGGAAACGUUGCAAAUUAUACCAUAAUGAUGGAAAAAUUACGAUUAUAAUUUUGUUUCUUAUCAAGACAUAU